AUGCCACCCAAGAGAUCGAAACCAUCCAUCCAAUCUUCUUCACACGCUCCAGCUCCAACUCCACCUCUGUCUCCUCAUAUCUGGUCCAAACUCCCGAUCGAAAUCAUCCAUAAUAUCUUUUCGUUCACCACCGAUCGGGGUACACUCGCCGCAUGGACUCUGGUAUCGAAGUCCUUCAAUCAAAAGGCUACUCCCCUCAUCUGGAACUCGAUCAGCGGUCUACCGCCUAGUAUCAGAACCUCACGUUGGGGUCCAGAAGUACUGAGUCUGGUCAAGAUAUACAGCAUGACCAAUCAUGAUGAGGAGUGGUGUUAUCACUACCGAAAGACAUUUAGCAAGGUCAAGUUACCCAACUUGACGACUUUACGAUUCACCUUCGACAAGAUAAAGAAAGGGAAAUCCACCCGUCUCCUCUAUACCCAAUCUACCGAUGGCGGCUAUACUAUUUGUCGAAUGAUCGACAACAUCAAACCGAAAGCCAUUGUAUAUGAAAAAAGGGAAUCGUCUUCAUUUACGAUCGAGCCAAAACGACUUCCUGCUAAAGUUUGGUCAAUGAUCGAAACGCUCAUCAUACUCAUCAAUCCUGUCGGAAAUGGAGAACAUCAUGUCAGCUCUACUUUCUUGAGUGAAUGGUCACCAAAUCUCAAGAGGGUCUUUUGGAUUUACGAUCCUUCGGUCAUCGAAGAAAUCAAUACACAAAAGAAUUCAGGUGGAAUCAAGUCAACGGAAUACAAGAUCAAGAAAACUAUGAUGGACGAAUUCAUACUUCUUACUCAUCUUCUGGUCAGUAAUCCUACAAUCAGAUUUACAACGGUCGACUGCGGUACGACCAAUCUCCGAAUUCCCCUCGAGAAACAUCGAAAAUCGAUAAACGAUGCCCACAAAGAAUACCUGAAAACUUUCAAUGAAGGUUAUCAGGAAGAUUUGAAGGCGAUAUCUUCCGCUUUCGUUUAUAGAAAUACAAAUAGCGAGAUUGCGGCAAAUUAUCUUACAUUUCGAACCUUGGAGGAAUUCAUCCAAUUGGAUGAAUGGUCUCAAUGGUUUGAUCCCCAAGAGAUAGUCAGAUGGCAGGGUUGUAACAAGAGGAUUGAUAGUUUGGUAGAGAAGAGUGGAUAG